ACCACCUCUGGCUGGCCCCAGAAUACUAUCAAAGAGGAAAGGAAGCCUGUGCUUCUGGAAGAUAUCCCAAGUACUGCAGCCUUCAUUGAUGGUGCUGAGGUGGCAGUUGUUGGAUUCUUUGAGGAUUUAGAAAAACCAGAAGCCUUAGAGUUCCUUACCAUGGUAAAAAAUAUACCAGACGUACCAUUUGGAAUUUGCUCCAGUUCUCAAGUUCUUUCUCAUUAUAAUAUCACCCAAAAUACCAUCUCCGUCUUUCGCAUGGUGGAUAACAAAAGGCAAGAUUUGGAAAUCCAAGAUGGUAACCAAGUCGAUGUUGCAAAGUUGAGUCGCUUUGUCCGGAUCAAUGAACUCCGUUGGGUGACUGAGUACAACCCCAUGACUGCAGUAGGCCUCUUUGAUAGUGCAGUUCAGACCCAUCUUCUUCUGUUCAGUGACAAGACCUCCCCGCUGCAUACUGAGAGGAUUAACAAGUACCGUGAAGCAGCAAUAGCUUUUCAAGGCAAGGCUCUAUUUAUCCUGGUGGACAUCGGCAUCAAUGGUAAUGAUCGGGUUCUGUCUUACUUCCACUUAAAGAAGUCCCAGCUACCUGCCCUGGCUGCCUACUACACUGCAGAUGAGGAGCAGGAUGUGCUGCUUCUGGAUGAAGUUUCUGUGGAGAGAAUAACAGAUUUUUGUAAUGCCUUCUUGGAGAGAAAGGAAGAAAAAAAAACCUCUAAACCAGAGGACAACUUCUUCAGAGAGGAACUCUGAAUUUUUUUCAGCUGCGUAACAGAAAUAUGACAACUGCAAUUACUGUAAUCAACAGCAACCUAGAAAAAUGUCUUCUCUAUAGGAGGUUGUCAUUUAAAUCAGAUUAUGAUUCUGUUCUGGAAUCAAUUUCCAUACAAGUGUUGACUGCUUUCUCAAAGCCUGUGUUCAUUCCUUUUAAUUUUGGAGAUAUUACAUACUUUUUGCAUUAUACUCUGAAUAAAUUAUAUGGCUGAAUAAAUAAAGAAGUAAGUUUGUAUAUUAAACAAAAAUCUCAUAUUCCAGGAAUACAUACUCUAUUGGAGAAAUGUUCAUAUGGAAUGGUAGAAACAGACAAUAGUAUUGAAUAUAGCUUGAACUAGGAUUUCUGCAUAUCUUGUAUGCAUUUAUCUCAAUUUGAUUUCCCUCUGAUAAGCAGAUUUUUCAGAUUUUGCUUUAUGUCAUAAACAUCUUUGAACUAUAGCAACAAUAAUAUGCCUAUAUGACAGGAAUUUUUCCUUCUCACAAAUGUUUAAAAUGUCCUAAACUUAUUGAGGAAUUGGUGUAGGUUCAGCUGUCUCCUUUUUAAGAAAGUGAGGAACUUUUAUGGAAACUUUUCAUGAGGAGGAAUCUUUAAAGCCUUUCUUCUGAGCUAACAUGAAAUAAAAGAACGAAAGAAAGACAUUUCAACCAAAUGAAUAUGAAGUACAAAAGAUAAAGAAUGUGGGGAUGAGAAAUACUACAAAGGCAGACAAACACAAACAGAUGAGGAAGGCUAUUGAGAAGCUUUUCAUUAUCAGAAUGAAAAAGUCGGCUGAAGACAUAAUAAAAAAUAUUAAACAGAAAAAUAAAAAAUGGGUAACAGGUUUUUGUUCUCUCAUAUCCAUCAUGAAGGGAGGUGUUGUUUAUUUUUAUACAUUGCUCUUAGAACAAAGGAAAUCAGAGUCCCAUAAAAGCACCUUCUUUUAAAAUGUUUUGUUGCAAAGGGAAAGUCCUUUGGAAGAAAAGUUUGUCAAUGGCACAUUAAGUAGCCAGUUCUGUUCCUUUAUUCAUUCCAUUGAAGUGGUGCCAAGGUGCUUGCCUCAUGAAUGGUUAGCCCUUUGGAUCCCGAAUGUUUGCUACUGCCAUCAAACAGUCACCACUCUGUCUCUUUGAAAAGAGUUCAGCUUUAAGAGAACUGCUCAGAAGGGCCAAAUGCAGAAAUCACAAAACAACUCCUGUGUGAGAUUGGUCCAAAGAGCAGAGCUGAGAAUAAAAAGCAGGUUUGUUUUCUUUAUCUUCUUCAAGUCCCCAUCUUUGAAGCCUGAAGUUUCCAAAAUCGAUGUAUGGUAAUAAUCCAGAUGAGCACAUCUCAAACAGUAAACCCUUGAACCACAGUCUGUCUAAGAAGGCCCCAUUCCUCCCACAGUUGUCCAUACCCAACUAAUACUAAAACAUAGAAACCUAUAAUAUGAUGUCCUUAGAUGUCCUUCAACUACUGGAAUGGUUAUGAGUUCAGCUAGAUGAUAGUGACUUCCUUAAGAAUUUCAAAACUGCAUUUCUGAGAUAUGGAAUCAACAUGUCUAGGAACUUGGGCUGUGCAUCCUUCAAAAAUCAGAUAAGUGAUGAAGAUCUUGUGCAACCAUAGCAUCUCUCUGUUUUUUGUCAAAGGAACCUAACCUUUUUUCAGACUUCUGGAUGAGAUUGAAAAAAGACAAAUGCUCUGUUUUAAGGAAUUUACUUAUUAACAUUUCCAUGCCUAGAAAAAAAUUGUAAGAGCUGUACAGUGCAUACCUGAUUUAACUUGCGUUAUUUUUUAAUUUGUCUAAUUUUUGGUACAAUCAACAGGAACAAUUUACUUAUGACUUGCAGGAGAUUCAAAAUCCAGCCCCCAAAUCUCUGAACACAAGGACUACUGGAUCUAGACUUCGAAACAAACCAAACACCAAGAUGGCAGCAAAGAAUUAUAAUUUUCUAUGCAUUUUAGUUUUCAUCUCAUUCAAGGGAAGAUCUCACAGUCCAACAAAAACCCUUGAAAGUUGGAAAUAGAAAUUUCUUCUUAUGCCUGAUGAAAUGUGUUUGCACCUAAUUUUGCAGAUGUAAGUCAAUCUUUACUAAUGUUCCGAAUGUUUCUUAGAAAACUAGAAUAUGAUCCCUGUAAUUUCAUUUAGAUAAGUCUACUUACAUUUAUUAAUAACAGACUGGUUCUUUUGCUUUUCCAGUGUCCAAGACUAGCCACCAUUUACGAUUCUGAAAUAUAUUAGACUAUAAAUCCCUAUAGAUAUGAUGUGAGAUUUCUAUACAGAAUUUUAGAGUUAGAAUCAAACCUGAGUCACUUUUCUCCUUAACCAUUUGCCCUGAAACUGUCAACAACCUCUUAAGAAAUGGAAGUCAGAAAGGAAGUUGCAGUCUCCUUAAUAGGAACAAUGUUGGCUGAAAUAUACAUUGAUCUGUCGUUCUAGAUUUCAUGAUUAUAACAAGAACAGAAUGCUAAUGUCCAGAGGGAAAGCAUGCUGGAUUGUUUCUGGCCAUAUCUUGGAUAUUGAAAAUCUUUACAUUUGCAGGUUUAUAUAUUAUACAGUGGUGGCCAAAAUUGUGGAAACCUUUUGGGAAAAGUGUAUUUUUGAGGUUUGAUGGCUAAUAACACCACUUUUUUGGAGUUUCAAGAUAAUCAUAUUCCACUGCUGGAAUGGCCUGGGAAUAGCCCAGACCAGUGGUGGAUUGCCCCGGUUUGGAAUGGUUCUUGUGAAUGGAUAGUAAAACUGGGGGGAGGCUCUGCCCACCGACUCCGAUGUCAUCAUGAAGCUUCUGUGCAUGUGAGUGAAGCAUGUCCGGGGGCGGUCCCAUUGUGAAUCGGUAGAUAAAGGUAAGUAGAACCCACCCCUGGCCCAGACCUUAACCCAAUUGAAAAUCUAUGGAGCCGACAAAAGAAGCGACCUAGCAUAAAACCUAGUUAAUAGAAGCAAUCAUUCAAUCUUGGUUUCACAUUAUAACAGCUGCAGAACUUGGUUCACUCCAUGGGAAGACAUUGUAAGGCCGUAAUUCAUGCUAAAGUUUACCCAACUAAGUAUUAACUGACAUGAUACUUUUUAUAUAUCUUGUUUUUUCUACAUGUUUCACUUUUCUUCUUUAUAUUGAAACUGCUAUUCUAAUAGCAAAUCCUUCAUAAAAGUUAUUGCAUUACAUUCUUGAUUAAAUUAUCUUUCCAUUGAAAUUAUAUUUCCAUAUAAUUUUAUGGUACUACUCCAGAAAAAAAAAAGUUGUGCUAUUAGUUAGUUUUAGAAAAUACACUUUUCCCAAGGGUUUCCACAAUUUUGGCCACUACUUUAAUUGCCAUUGAAAACUA